AAUCGUUGAACUCCGAAAGAAGGGUUUAGUUUCUUCAAAUGGCACUGUUCUUCUCAGCUUCUAUAUCCCCAAUUCCACCAGUUCGAUCCCAAAGACAAUUCGCAAUUUCAGAAUUGUUGGUAUCCGGAACACUAACAUCAACAAAACCCAUAUCGAAUUCAAAAUUUUCGAUUUCUACAUCAUCAUUGUCUUCCAAUUUCUCUAACCAAACACUACCAAGGUCUCAUUGUCGCGUGAGUUCUAGCUCUACAAUGGAGCCCAGUACAUCUCCUUCCGCCACAAUCUUCAUAAAGGGGUUAGCACAAUCGACAUCUGAGGAAAGCUUGAAGACAGCGUGUUCACAGUUCGGUGAAGUUAGUCGAGUUAAAAUUAUAAAGGAAAAAAGAACUAGACAGUCUUUGGGAUUUGCAUAUGUUUGGUUCAUCUCAGAGGAGUCUGCUCAUACGGCUGUGAAUGAGAUGAACGGUAAGUUUUUUGAGGGCAGGUUUGUAUUGGUUACUACUGCGAAGCCUGGAUCUGUCAAAAGCCAUGUAAGGAGACCACGAUACAAGUUCUGAGCAAGUAUGUUUUUGCUCUCUCUUAGUUCUUAGAUACACUGAGCAGGAGCAAGAAAUAGUUAACAGACACACGUUGAAGACAAUCAGCAUUGCGAAUGUUGUGGUGGUUACAUUGAACAAAGUUGGACCAGCAACAGUUGUGAAUGGAGUUCUCCAUUGGUUAACAGAGGAUACGAGUAAGAUAGUUUCUCUUGAUUUAGCGGAGGAUAAAUUUCAAGAUUUUCUUUUACUUGAUUUUAAAACACCAUCUGUAGCUUACUUGGUUGCAGUUUCCAAAGGAUGUCUGUGUAUGCGUCACUAGACCAGAUAUUAUGUACUCUAAUGAACUUAGGGUGAUAGGGGAAUAUGGCAAGAGGGUGUCUUGGACUAAUCUUGGCUUUACCAUUCCGAAUUAUGUGAUGCCUUUGGAUUACUCAAACAAGGAUGAAAUUCUAUAUUUGAUUAACAAGUGGUUACUUGUAUUCAAUC